AGGGUGCAACGACAAGGGCAUCGACAUAGUUGCCGAAUAUCUAGGUGUCCCACUGAGGAUUCAAUAUAAAAAUCGGGAGAUUGACAUAGGCCGGUCGACAGUCGACGAACUCAGUGGGGCACCAGGAAGUUUCUCUCACUAUACUGUCGGUAUUAUAGUAGUACCGUACAAGUAUAGGGAGGGAGGAAUGCUAAAAUUUACGAGAGGUGCCAUGGAUGCG